CUCCGGAAACGGAAAUGCGCAGGUACCAGUGACAGGCACCGUGACAGUCAGGUCCUCCUCGUAGCUCAAGCUCGGAUAUAGUGCGGGUAGCAGUGGGCUUAUUACUGUUCCAGUACAACAGAAAUGGCGGCCGCGGAUCCCCGCUCCUCGAGUGACGGUGGACCCGCCGGCAGAGGAGGAUUCCCGGCCGGAGAGAGCAGCAACGAGCGCGACGGCCCGGGGAGGAGCGGCGGAGAGGGGGAGCGGGAGCCGGACCGGGCCACGUUCGAGUGUAACAUUUGUUUGGACACUGCGAGGGACGCUGUCAUCAGUAUGUGCGGCCACUUAUUCUGCUGGCCAUGUCUACACCAGUGGCUGGAGACACGGCCCAGCAGGCAGCAGUGUCCGGUGUGUAAGGCCGGGAUCAGCCGAGACAAGGUGAUCCCCCUGUAUGGGAGGGGCAGCAGCAGCCAGGAGGACCCCAGGUUGAAAAUGCCCCCCAGGCCCCAAGGCCAGAGGACGGAGGCGGAGACCAGAGGAGGGCCCUUCCAGGCGUUCGCGGACACCGGCUUCCACAUGUCCUUCGGCAUCGGCGCGUUCCCCUUUGGCUUCUUCACCACCGUGUUCAACACAAACGACCCCUUCCACCGAGCAGACCAGUACGCGGGCGAUCACCAAGGCAACGGUAACGUCAACAACGGCAACAACAACUGGCAGGACUCCCUCUUCCUGUUCGUCGCCAUCUUCUUCUUCUUCUGGCUCCUCAGCGUGUGACGGAUGGACGGACGCGCGGAGAGGAAUUCAAGGAGCACACUCGCACACACGCACAAACAUACACACACGCACACAUCAAAAGGAUUUUUAAAGUUUUUCUUCCGAGGAAAACAAGCUCCCCCAGAACUGUUCCUACUCCUUAGAAGACUUUCGCCCCCCCCCACAACUCCCUGUGUCUUUUGCUUAUGAGGUCUGCCUUUUGAAUCGAGCAACAGAAGGUGUGUCCCCUGAAACGUGUGAGGGUCAGGAAUGGGCUGUGAAUCUGGAAUGGAAUGUGGUUGGAGUCUAGAAUCGUGUGUAAAUCUGCAAAUGUGGUGUUAUUCUGGUAUGUUGUGUCCUCCCUCCCUCCCUCCCACUGCGCGCACACACACACACACACACACGUACACACACACACACACGUACACACACACACACACACACACACACACACACACACACACACACACACACACACACACACACACACACACACACACACACACACACACUCGUAGGGUGAUGACGGGUGGCUGUUGGUCGGUACGGGGUCAUGGUUCCGUGCCGCUCUGUGGCGUAAGGCAGUAUUACAUCGUAACAUGAGACAACGUGUGUGUUUUCAUUGGCCGUGGGGUCUGAGGCGCGGUAGAGCCCUGUAGAACGAGGGUUCGCUCGCCCCAGUUUCGGUUUGUCGGUUUUCUUCGGUCUGUUUGAAAGCGUUUCGUACAAAAGGUUAAUUCCUUUAAAUAGCAAUGAUUCAGUUAAGUCAAGUAAACAGGGUUGAACUGAGACGAGUCGACUCAUGAUAUAACGCUAAUGUGUAGUUGUUGCCAUGCCAACUUUGAUUUUUUGUUUGUUCCAAAGAGAUCAGAAUGUUAAAUUAUGAAAUAGUUUUUUUGAUUAGAGUUUAAAGGUUGUCAAGAGUGUCCAGGGUUAUUUUUAUCGUGGAUCUUAACGAUUAAAACGACGAAACGGACCCGAGUGCAGUAGGCCUGGGGACGGACGCACACACUUUUUCUAUCUAUAUUUGUCUUAACAAAAAAAACUGCCAUUGCACUGUGAAGUCGUCGACAGACGGUCAUGUUGUCCCUUGGCGGGGGGGGGGGGCAGUUUGGAUCGGUCAGAAUGGAAUUAGAAUCUAAUCGAAACACGAAGCGUAACAUCUCGUAGCGGCACUGGGAGUUGUUUCGCCGCCGUUAAGCCUAUGUGUGCGUCGACUGCUCGUAACAGAAUAAUACGUCGUGUGUUUGUGUUUUGCGAACCAUUAAAAAAGUGGCGCAGCAGUGUUAACAUUCACAGAUCUGGGAGCGUAUGCCAGGUGACUAACUAAGACACAGUGCAGGGAACUGAGUGUUCUGGGGUAUAGAGGCACGGAUAGAACACGGUCGGUUCUAUCGCCGUAGACCUUGAUCUCAUGGCGGCCAUGUUGGCUGGUCGGGUGGGUGAACCUUCUAGACUCUUCGGGGCUGCAAUGAUGACUCGAUGGAAACGCGUUUCUUAAUGAUGCCUGCGUUGGGGAAUGGAAUGCAGAACUGAGGCUUAUGUGUUGCAUCUUCUUGGUUCCCCCAACGGUUCUAGUGUUCCCCUCCCAACUCAACAAUGUGGCCGCUCGAUGAAUGCGCAACGUGUUUUUCCUGAUUGUACUAAACUUGUUUUUCCUGAUUGUUUUGUAAGUGUCUGUUCGUCAACGGGUGGACGUGUUAUAUCUAUAUAUCUAUAGAUCUAUAGAUGUAUAGAUCUUUAUAUAUAUUAGUAAAUGCCAUUUUUUAACGUGUCUCAAUGAACAAAUGCCUUGGGAGAUGUAGAACAGAAACAGAUGUGAUGCUAUGCAGCUGGCAUUCAAAAAGGAUAACGAUACGCAAAAGGCAGGUUCCACUUACGCUCUACGUCUGCAGAGUGUCUAAUCCCCGCCGUCACCUGGCAAUAUUAAACAUUAAAAACACUUCCCGCUGUAGUAAUCAACUGGCCCAGCGCGGACUAGCGGUGAGCUCCAGCAGCGAGCGUUUUUUGGAUUCCUACACAUCGGGUGACGCGGACUCUCGUCCCGUUUGCCCGCUCGUCCCGGCGGGCAAACUCAUUCACAAGGCGGACGGAGGGGAAGGACAUUCAGAACGGGGAUGAACGAUCGGACUGCUUGAAAGACCCCCAGGUUCCCCGAGAACAUGACACAGACCCCCAGAUUCCAGAGCUUUUCGGCUUGAAAGAUAAGGUUCUGGCGUCGACACAGUGGACGGCAUCAGCGUUCUAUGUGGCCCACUCGGUGACGGGUUACUCUGUGGGCAGGGUCAAAGGUCAGGCCUGUAAAGGGGGGGGGGGGGGGCAGGGGGGGUUGGACUUGAGGUACCAGGGUUCGUUGUUUUUUUCUUGGUGUAAACCACUGUCUGGUCAAGCUGUACAUUUGUAUUCUCCAGCUUUGGAGCGGCGGAGGCGUCAGGGAAUCCCUUCGUGUCUUCUACAUAUUGAGUCGUUGUGCGAAACCAAAUGUUCUGGGAGGGACGUGUGGGGACGGGCUCCCAGAGUGUGAAUAAAGUAGAUGUUUAAUACUUUA